ACAAUUUGUUUUUCAUUCAGAACAAAUAAUAAAAACGAAACACACAAAAAAAAAAAAAAAAAAGAAGGGACAUGGACGCCAUUGAUUCCGUCGUGGAUCCUCUUAGAGACUUUGCCAAGGACAGCAUUCGCCUCGUUAAGCGUUGUCAUAAGCCAGAUCGCAAAGAAUUCACGAAAGUUGCAGUCCGUACAGCAAUCGGGUUCGUAGUAAUGGGAUUCGUGGGAUUCUUUGUGAAGCUCAUCUUUAUUCCAAUCAACAACAUCAUCGUCGGUGCUACUUAGAUAACAAAGGGAAGAUAAAAGAUGGAGAAGGGUAGUUACAGCUUUGUUGUUUUCAUGAAGACACUUCACAGUUUUUUUCUUUUUUCUUGUUCAGAUACUCAAAAAGAGGAAACAUUUUGUGAACCUAGUUUAACCACACAUUUGGGAUCAAUCUCUAGUAAUUUUCUUUCUGUUUAAUGUAUGUCACUGUUUAUUUCACUGUUCCGUUAGAAAUUUGAAAGUUUUGGUGAAGGUGGAUGAGGCUAUACCCUUAGUUGUGGUGAUGAAACUUACAAAGUAAAAACCUCAAGGGCCUAUUUAAGUUGACACAACAAUUCAAAGUUUCAAACCAUAUAUUGUUCGUCUUGGCAAUCAAGAGAAGCUGUGUUUUUUUUCUCUCUAAAUGGAGAGAUCCCAGAACUGUUUACCUAAAUCUUACUGAGGAUAAAUGUGAGGCUUUAAAAAACAAAGCAUCGCUCCUAGUUUUACUCUUAUUAAGACUUUUGCCUUGUAAUCACCACUCUUUGAAGAGUUUCAUGGACAAAUUAACUUACCAAACUUGUUCAGUCCAUCGCAAUCACUUAAUAGUUAAUACAC